UUCAUUAGGUUUCCUCCAAAAAAACAAACAAAUUUAUGAUCUAAAAAAUUAUUCUUCGAUACUUUUUUUACCUAACUUUUAUCGUUAAUUAAUUUUUAACUGACAGAAACAACUAUUUAGUUUAAUUAAUUAUUGCCGGUAUUUCUCGCUUUAUCCGUGACUGAUUUGCAGACAGCUGGUUUUUGUUGUCGUUUGAUGCUUUUGAGCUAUAAUGCUAUGGAUAUUUAUGUUUUCAUGUGAAUAUAUUGGUUUAAAUUUAUUAAAACAAAGUAGAAAAAUUGUGUAAUUUAUUUUUUUAAAUUUGAUUAUUUCGUCUGAAGUCUUAACGUUUAUCCUUAGAAUAUUUAUUUUUACUCAAAAAUAAUGGAUGAAUCUCCCACUUGUCCAUCCUGUGGAAUAUUUUUAACUGAGCCUUAUAUUCAGUGUGCUCAAUGUGCCAAUCCUACUAGAUGUCUUUGUCUCCAGUGUUUUGCCAAAGGACGGGAAUAUGAGAAUCAUAAAAAUAACCACCCUUAUAUUAUUAUUAGAAAUAACUUUACUUUGUUUGAUUCUGAUUGGAUGGCAAGUGAAGAAGUAAAAUUGCUGAAUGCUAUCUCAGAUCGAGGAUUUGGAAAUUGGUCUGAAAUUGCUAAGGAUGUAGGGACUAAAACUAAACAAGAAUGUGAAGAACACUAUUUAAGAUAUUAUGUCUACAAUCCCAUUUCUCCACUACCAAAAAUUCCAACUCCUGAAACUGUGACAGAUCACUUUCCUGCUCCCAUUUCUUGCACAACAUUUUCUCAAGAUCCACCACGUCCAAUAGUAGCAUCUGUUCUCUAUCAAGAAAUGGCAGGUUAUAUGCCUGCCAGAGGAGAUUUUGCUUAUGAAUAUGAUGAUUAUGCAGAAUUAGAUAUCAAAGAUUUGAAGAUUGAAAAUGAUGGGGAUCCUCUAUGGAAUGAAUUACAAUUAAAUAUCCUUAACAUCUAUAAUUCUCGACUGAAAGAGCGAGCACGUCGCAAGUGGAUUAUUAAAACAUAUGGUUUAAUCAGUAUGAAAAGGAAUCUGGAUGAUUGGAAACGGUAUACAAAUCUUGGCAACAAAUGGUUAGAUACUAUGAAGACAAUGAUGCGUCUAUUUUAUCCUGAUGACUUUUAUAAGUUCAUGGAAGGAAUUUUAUGGGAACAAAAAACUAAGCAACGAAUAAAACUAUUACAAGAGUGCAGAACUGCUGGCUUAACUCAUCUCUAUAGUAUACAUACCUAUAUGCGAUUGAAAAGGAGGCGUGAUGGGAAGAAAAAGAGCAAAAGUAUAUUGGAUGAAGUUUUAAGUCAAAUAAAGGAUGAAGCAUCUUGUCAACAAUACAUAAGAAGGCAAGCUUUAAGAGAAAGUCAGGGAUUUGAAAUCAAUCCAUCACCUGGAGGAAGACAAGCUCCUCCUUUAAACAUCAUAAGCAUGCCUGGCUAUGAGAAACUUUCAGAAAAAGAAAGAGAGCUCUGUUCAAACAUUAGGAUUAUGCCACAAUCUUACUUGCAGUAUAAAACUACCCUUCUGAAUGAAUACAGAAAACUUGGAAGUUUGCGACUGGCAAAUGCAAGAAGUGUGGUCAAAAUUGAUGUUAAUAAAACACGUAAAAUAUAUGAUCUUCUUCUUGAGGAAGGUUUAGUUUCAAAAGGAUAAUAGUAGCACAAUUCUUUUAUAAAUUUCAUUUGUCUUUCAUUUUUUUACAUGCUAUCAUUUUUCAUACAAAGUGUCAAUUGAGUAAUGUAUUUUGUCUAAAAUAAAAAAUAAAUUAUUUAUUUCUAAAGUG